AAUUUCUGUUUUGGGCUGCUUUGUGGGCUUUAGUCCCUUUGAAACAUUUCUUUCCACGGCUGCUUUAAAACUGAUAUUAUUUGGUAGAGAGAUACAAGUCUCAUCACAUAGGACCCAAAGAUCAGGUGGAAACCCUGAUGAGACGAGCUUUAUUUACUUGAUGAAACUUGUUUCUUUAAUGUUUGAUAAUUAUGAUUUACAAACUACCAAAAAUAUUUCUCCUAUGUAAUUAGUCGCUUGAUCAAUUAAUAAAAGUCUUUCAAAUAAUUUACCACCGAGUACCCUCAACUCAUACGCGCCGAAUUCAGAUUAAACAAUACUCAAAUUAAAAUGUAUAAAAGCUUCGGGCAAUUGUAAGUUUCGGUUUUGGCCGAAAGGCUUCGUCAGUUACAACAGCUUGAGUUAACUAAAUUUAUUUAUUGACAAACAAUUUUAAGUUGAACAACGUACGUCCUUGAAAUGAGAGUAACCUUCAAAUUCAAAAUGGAAUGGAAUGACACUCAUGUUAGCACAUAAGCGACUAUUGCUGAUUAUAGUGUGGUUAUGCGACAUGUUGUCUACUUGCUUCUGGAAUGGGCUUUAAUGAUAUAUUGCUUUCACAUCUUUCAUGGACACUUGGAAUCAUCCUCGGUUGAGCAUCAUCUUUUAUAGUGGUGAUUGGUUAAAAAGAAAGGCCUAUUUAGCUCAAUAUACAAAUUGUAGAUGGUAAUUUCAAAAGUGUGCAUUUUUGUAAAAUAAUUAGUAAACUAUGUUAUUUAUGCGCUGAGAUGCCAAUUUUGCCCUCGAGCUAAAACUUUUUCAUUACGUAUGUGUUAUCUGCUACCAGGGCUGAUGCCAAAAAAAUUAAGUUCUAUUGAUACUGUAUGGAAACACAAACUACGUUUUGAAACCGGAUAGAUUGAUGGUAAUUGAUGAUAUAAGAGCUUGAAACCGGAUAUAGCUUUAAUAAUUGAAGAGAGAAGAGUUGUAAGAUAUUUUACUAAUUGUUUGUCCGAAAUGGGAUUCAAAGCAAGAUAUUUUAGAAAAUGUUGGUCGCUGUUAUGAACGUAAGGUGGGGAGUGCUCGACGCCAUAGGAUCAUGGUUUCCUGUUCAGCUGCGUCCGUUCUCUGUCAAAUAACGAAACUUGGAUGUUAGAUUUACCAUAUUAACGAAGCCAAGAGGUAGAGGGAAACAUAUAUUUUUCUCCGGAUUUUAAUAUUAGUAACUGGAUAUUUGAAAGUAGUGUGCAUAUCUACAUUAUUGAAUCCUUACUUCAAUAUCUUCACGUGCUAGUGGAGUGAAUUGAUGGUUGUUUUCACCCAGCCGACCACCCCUUGGUAGGGAAGAAUUUUCUUCGUGACAAAGGGCGCCCGAAAUCUGAAAUUGCAUUAACGAGACAGAAUUAACCGGUUACAAAUAUAGGAUACUUCAUCUCAUAAGAUGACUCUCUGAGAUACCGGAUCUCAUCUUCGUUCAGAGCAUUAAGGAUGGUAUUGAUUGAUCGGGAAGACUGGUAACUCAGAACCUUAACGCCCGCUGGUUCCUCUCCAUACGCGAACAUCAUCUGAGGUAAAUCCACUUAUGUUCCAUCUACUAUGUCUUCUGGAAAAUCGACUAAUCUUGAAGCAACCAUUACGGAUUGGUAAAAGAGAUUUUGCAGACAGAACUAAGAAAUGAGAUAUUGGUUCAGAACGAGACGAUAUACUAAGAAACAAAUUUAUAUCAAACCUCUUUGGGUUUUUGCAGUCAAGAGAAAAAGUUUUUGAACAUUCUGAUUCUUUGCAUUAUUAUCACACUCUCUCUCUCUCUCUGCAACCGUCUCUUCAGAUUCUUUAAUUUUCCAAUUGUAUUUCUUUUUUAUAUGACCAAGGACACUCUCGGUAUUACUGAAAAAUGCACAGUAUCUUAUCCACUUACCUAAUAUACUUCUAUAUUUUUUGCUAUCUAGUCCAAAAACCCAAAAGAAAUUUGUCGUCAAUAUAAACAGAUUUGAUCAUUAUUUUUCUAACCAAGACUUUGUGUCUUUGUAAGCAAAGUAAUGAUUCUGAGCAUUGCAUCCAAAUUUUUUCAUCUUUAUGUUUUGAGUAUGGUGUACAUGUAUAAUCUCAAAUGUGCUUAAACUUUUCUUCAGUUUUUGUAUUUCUUCCAAGUGAGUUACAAAAGUGGGUUAGUCUUCUAGUUCCGAAACUAUCUUCACCAACUAAGAAAAAUCUAUUGCAUAAAUUCACAUAAAAUUCUCAGUGAGUUUUCAUGCAAUCCAUUGCCCGAUGAGAGCUUCAAAUUCUGCAUGUAAGAGUGAUAGGCUAGCUCUUGUGUUUUGUACCCCCAUUACGCGAAAACAUGCGCAUAAGGUUACAACAAAUUUGGAUCGUCGUAAAUUAAUGUCGAGGUGACGUGGAUGUUAUGACGAGAAAGAUAAUCGUCGUGAUUCGAGUAACUUUACAAGGAAAGUAUUUCGUAGUCUAAUACAUGUAACUUUACGACGAAAUUCUUACGUAUAAAAAGAUUUGUUGUAAAAGAGUUGUACAGUAACUACCAUUUUACGAUGAAUGUGUUUAUCGUUCUUUAACAACGAAUGUACGAGUGAAACUAAUACGUUAGGUGGAAACCAAUGUUUUGAAAAACAUACCGGACUGGACAGCUGGUCGGACCGGUCCGGCUGUGACUUGUUCUUUUAUCUGGUUCCAAUUUGUCUAAAACUGGAUUUGAGUUAAACCGAUAAACCCAUCAAAACUGGUCAAACUCACUAAAACCAGUGACCCGAUUUGAUAUUAAAAUCCGGUUUUUCAAAUUUAAGUUAGAAAGUUAAAAAAAAUUGCAAUUUUUGAAAAACAAAAUCAUAAAAUUCAUAUUGCAUUUUAAUAUCUAUCUAAAUAAAUUAGUUUAAUUAAACUAUUAUAUUAUUUUUAGAAAAUUCAUUUUAGGUUUAUAAAAAUGAUAUAAAGUUUUAUAAAAAUAGUUUUAUAGUUAUACAUAUAUAUAGAGUUAUUUAAUUAAAUUAAAUUAAAAUUUAAAUCCGGUUGAACCGGUCCGACCAUUUACCCACCUAAAAUGCCAAAUCAAUGUCUGGUCCAGUUUUCAAAACAUUGGUGGAAAUGUGUUUGUAAUGGGCUAUACCUAACAAAUUUUGUGGAAAAUUAGUUGAUAUAGAGAUGUAAAAUUCUUGUAAAACCAUUUGUUGGUUAUCAGUUGUUAAAUUCUUACCUAUCUAUAACAAAAAAUUCCUAUAAAUAUGUCAUUUCACUUGAGAAUGAAACACACAAACAAAAAAAAAAUCCAAAAACAUGAAAGAUAGAAAACAAAUGUCUGAUGAUGGCAAAAUUUAAAAGUUACGAAGUUGGAUGUAUAUACACAAAGAUUAUAACGAAAGAGUGACGGAAAAAAAAUUCUCAAUAGUCCAGAUAUAUUCAUGCACCAGUUUAGAGAUAUUUAUGCACCAGGCUAGUAGUAUACCGAUCACGCAGGAAACCAAUAAGAUGUUAUGUCUAUGUCAGAAGUGUAAGAAUACAAAACUUGUCUAUAGUGAAAUUGUAUGGAACAAUUUAGUAAGUAGAUGUUUUACACCACAAUACUAUAUUUGGUUUCAACAUGGAGAGGAUUAUGGUGAGAAUGAAACUAGUAGCUGUAAUUGUAAUCGUAAUUUUAAGGAUGCUGGUAAUAAUGAAGAACCAAUUCGUUUCCAUAAUAAAAUAGUUACCAUCAGAAGUAGCAGAUGGUAGAUCAUUAUAGGGUUCACCACACGGUUACAUAUGCAUUUUUAGAAACUACUUCAAUAGCUGAUAAAAUUAGAAAUGUUGAAGAACCUAAAUGCAAAAUUUUUUUAUGAAAUUUUAGAUGCUGUGAAUUAGCCAAUUUACACAUGUUGUAGAAAAGGUCUCACUAAAUUGUCUCUACCAUGUAGGAUGAUAACUAUCAAAACUUGUCAUAAUUUACCUAAGAAUUGCAUGGAUGCAUGGGAUAAAUUGUUCAAAGAGUAUUUGAUAGAAGACAACUUGUUUGCUGAUUCUUAUUAUGAGAUUCAGAAUUUGGUUUAUAGUCUAUGGUUGCCUUCUGACAUGUCUCUAUAAACUCCCUAAAAGUAAAUGCAGUCUACUCUAAACGGUGGUUUAAUAAUAGAAUAUAUAGGUCUAGAUCACGUCUGAAAUUGUGGCCUAAACUGCAAUUUCUUGAAACAUCAUUAAAACAUGUCGGUUUGCUUGGUCAGGUUGGGCAUCGAUCGCCACCAAGUGUAAUUACAGACUCCGGCUUUUAUAUUUUCAGCAUCACUUUUAUUUAUCAUCCAAAUUUCUCCAGAAUUUCCAAAAUUCUCUAAAACGUACCUAAACAUGCAAAGACUCUAAAACGACUUCUAACAUAUAAUAAAGACUCUAAAUUAGGAUUUAUAUUAUGGUAAAACAUAUAAAACUAUGAUGUAUCACCGUCUACAGAUUGUAAGUUAUUAAAAUAUAUUUCUUCCAUGUAUAAUUUUUAACUUUAUUCUAACUUUCAAUCUAUUUUUAGGCUGCAAAGGAAGGAAAAUUACCAUCUCUUUCCCGAUAUUUUCGAGUAUACACACAAGACACAUACACACCAGUGUUUUUCAUGGAUCCUAACUCAGACAAGAUCCACAAUGACGUUGUUGCUUGGAUUGAAGAGCGGUAGACUCAACUUACGGAGCAGUCUCCAAAUGGAUUACCCGUCCAUUUGUCCACACAGGAGAUGGAUUAGAUUUUCAAAGAGCUAAUAUUAUCAUUAUUUUUAUUCAUCAGCUGACUUGUCCUUGAUCUUACUAUCUUCAUCAAAUAGCUGAUCCAUGAUCACAUCACCUCCGAGUGAAGGGGAGACAGAAUAGCCCUAAUGAUUCUUGCCCUCAUCAAUCCGUCAAAGCCUUAUAGAUAGAUACUAUACCAAUUUUUUCCUGAAAAUUUUUCAUUCUUUUCAUGACCCAUACGUAAAGCACCAUCUUCCUGGUAUGGCUGGUAAAUUCGUGACUCAUGCCUCCGUAUUUUGAGUUACCCUCUGUGUAAUUGAUGAUUGUGCUUUUGCCCCAAGUAAAGAUUAUGUUUCUGCCAAUUUUAAAGUGUCUUUGGGAUCGAUAUCCAAAUUACUAAAAACUUUGUUGUUUCGUCCCUUUCAAAUGUAUCAUAAUAUCCAUGCAAAUUGGUGAUCUUCCAUUUGCGGAGAAACUCUCCAAAACAGAUGAUCCAUAUUUGGGAAAAUUGAUUGAAAAGAAAAAAAAUCUGUUUCGAUGGAUACUUGAACCGCCGGUGGACAUGGUUUUUUGAUUCUCUGGUGCACCACAUCUGAUACAAUACACAUCACCUUGCAUCCCCCUCCCUUGCAGAUUUUUCUUAACUGCUAUACAUCCUGACACUAUUUACCAUAGAAAAAGCUUUGUUUUCCGGUGGAUGUCAUAUUUUCCAGCAAUACACUUUCAACGAAAUGAGCGCGGGACCGAUCACUGAUGGCAGUUUUUUCUUGUCAGGAUAGACUUGUUCCACCUGAUAUCCAAAUUUAAUUGUGUAUUUUUCCAUUAUUUGUGAAGUGCCAGCCAUUACUAUCUUCCAUCUGAAUCAUGCUCAAUGGAAUACUUUCUAUGAUCUUCACAUCUUGAGAAUCUACCAAAUACCAAAUUGCCUAAAACUUUCAUGUACCCGAUGCAGCAUUGAUGAGGGAAUCCACUGUAAGGUCAGAGUAAAUGUUAAAUUUAUUACUGUUUGCUGGUCUCAGACGAGUGAUUGGGAGCCAAUGAUCAUUUCAUGUAAUUUUCUAUUGAUCCUUUUGAUAAAAUAUGCUUGAAUCUAUAAUUUUUAUUAGUAUACACAUAGUUUUAAAGUUGUUUUAUUAUAAUUUUUGAGUUUCAAGCAGUGUUUUCAGAAACGAUCCAGAUUCGUGGUCAAACAGAUAGAUCCGAGGAUCCGUAUAUAACCCAUAUAUAGCAUGUUAACUUAUAUAAUUUGUUAAUAUUAUUAAUUUCCUAAAUUUAACUAAAGUUCUAUAUAUAUAUUAGAAUAAAAAUAUUAUAGUUUGUCUAUUUAGACUCGUCCUCCAUUAUUUUAAAUGAUUUUUAAUGUUUUAAAACUCGAUAUAAUUUUUAGUGAUAAAAAUAUAUUUAACAAUAUAACCCAUAUAUAGCAUGUUAACUUAUAUAAUUUGUUAAUAUUAUUAAUUUCCUAAAUUUAACUAAAGUUCUAUAUAUAUAUUAGAAUAAAAAUAUUAUAGGUUGUCUAUUUAGACUCGUCCUCCAUUAUUUUAAAUGAUUUUUAAUGUUUUAAAAUUCGAUAUAAUUUUUAGUGAUAAAAAUAUAUUUAACAAUAUUUUUCUGAGGAAUAUAAUUUUGUUCUGACGAAUUUCAAAAAAUAUUCUUGAUAUGUUAAGUUAAAAGAUUUUAUGGAUUGUUUGUUAACAUAUUUGUUUACAUAUUCUAGCAUUUCUGACAUAUUUAUAAUAUCAAUUUUACAUAGUGAAUUUUCAUUUUCAAAAAUUAACUUAAAAUUUUUCAUUAUUAUUUUAAUAAAUAUAUAGAUAGUGUUUAGUUAAGUGUUUAUAAAAAAAACUCUAAACUGCAAAAGAAUAAUAUUCUCAAAAAAAAGUAUUAUAUAAGAAAUUAUAGUGAGUACUUUUUUUAGGAAAUUGAUGUAAAUAAUUUUUAGGAUAAUAAAUAUAAUAGUAUGUUAAGAAAAUAUAUAAUUAUUUUUUAGUUUUGAAAUAUUUCCUAAAUUAAUCAUUUGGUUAAUAUUAAUCAAUUAUGCUAUGCAUACAUAUAGGAAUUGCAUGAUAUUGUAAUUAUCUCACAAUAAAGGUAGAAUCCUAUGAAAAAUUCUGCUUAAAUAGUAUUAUAUGUUUCUAAAUCAUUUUACCUGCUGCGGGGUUUUGGUCUUUGGUUUCAAUCGCAAACAGAAAUAAGCAAUAUUUGGGGAUAGAUAUAAAUUAGACUGAUAUUAUGGAGAAAUCUAUACUAUUAAAAGGGAAGCACUCUUGAAAAAUCUACUUAUAAAAGGUUGUUAGACCUUUUCACUAGAUUAUUAAUAUUUUGAUCUUAUCUAAGAUUUAUACCAACAAUAUAUUACUAUAUAUUUAUUUAACAAUGAUUUAAUCAAUUAGUUAGGUGAUAUAACUAGAUUUCCUAAAUUUUCUAAGAUUUACGUUAAAUAAAAUAUUUUAAAUUUUUGUGACAUGAAUAAAUAACUAAACAGUUUCUAUAUUUCUUGAAUAAAAAAAUCAAAAAUCGAAAAUCGAAUCGAAACCGAACUAAAACUCUAAAAAGAACUGAAUCGAAACCGAACGCGUAGUUUUAAAUGUAUUAGUGAACUAACAAACAAUAAAUUUAUCAAUAAAAAAAUCUCGCGCUUUUAAGCGCGGAUCAAAAUCUUAGUUGGUAUUUAAUUUUCAAGGUAUAAAAUAAGAAUUUAACUUUGUAUGGUGCUAUAUAAUAUUUAGGAGGAUAAAUAGACCGUGUCAGCCAUUUUUUAUGAAAAAGUUAAAAAAAAAACUGUUAUGUAAUUCGAAAUUUGUAAGUAGUACAAACUUUAAUAAGUUGAUUUCCUUUUGUUUUUACUCCUAUAUCGGGGUUUCAAAUUUCCUUUUUUCAGUUAAUCGAAAUUUCCUUUUUUCAGUUAAUCGAAAUUUCCUUUUUUCAGUUAAUUGAAAUUUCCUUUUUUCUUGCAUACUAGUCACCGACUUAAGUCUAUAAAAGUCUGAUAAUCACUCCUCUCUUUCGCUACAAUUUCCUUUUUCGAUAUCUUCCACAAUCUUCUUUCUAUUUCACUCUUCAGUGUAAUUUUUUUUGUCCAGAGCGAUACAAUUUCGAAACCCUAAAAGCAAGUCCGUCUGCAAACUUAAACGAUGCAUUCAAACGAAGAAUUCAUCAAAUUUCUUGGGGAAGGUUCUUACGGCUACGUUCAUCUCGUUCGCUACACUAAUCCCGACGACGGCGGCUCUUCGUUUCUCACCGCCGUAAAGAACUCGUACGAGGAAGACUACGACAAUCUCAACCGAGAGCUUCAGAUUCUGCGUGAACUCAGAGGAUAUCCGAGGAUCAUCACAUGUUUCGGAGACUAUCUCGAAGAAGGCCUCAGCAAUUACGGAAACAGAGUUUACAAAUUGCUUCUCGAGUACGCUUCCGAAGGUAGUUUAAACGCUUUCUUGAACACUUACCCCGACAGAAAGCUUCCCGAACCGUUGAUCAAGGACUUCACGCGGAUGAUUCUCGAAGGUCUGGUCUCGAUCCACGGCCACGGUUAUGUCCACUGCGACAUGAAAUCAGACAAUCUUCUUGUGUUCCCUUCUUCGACAUCACGGUACGAGCUGAAGGUUUCUGAUUUUGGAAACUGUCUGGAAGUAGGACAAGUUGCUCAUUCCUGGGCGAGUGAUUUUCCGUGGGUUGGUACUCCGAAUUACAUGCCGCCGGAGUCGGUCCGUGACGGCGUCGCCAACAAAACCCUAGAUUUAUGGUCGGUGGGAUGUCUGGUUCUGGAGAUGUACACGGGCGUGGCUCCAUGGGAAGGUGUUAAAGUCAGUGAUAUAGCUGCUCGUCUCCGUUGUGGUGAAGCUCCAAAGAUCCUACAGAGUUUGCCUUCCCAUGCAAAGGAUUUUAUCGAAACGUGUUUCUCAAGGAAUCCUGAGGAGAGGGGAAGCGCGUAUGAGUUGUUGUUUCAUCCGUUUUUGCCUCCUCGUCCACAAGUUGAAGAGGGAGAGAAGAAAACAGAGGAGAAGAACCUAAACUCGUUUCUGCUGAGGUUGUUGAAGUUGAAAAUCAGACGAACAACUUCCAUGAAGAAAUCAACGAAGGACUCUGUUCUUGUUGCGGACAAGGAGUCUCUGAAGUUGAGGAUGAACCCACGUUUUAAGAGAACUCUAAACAAAGUCUUGAGUUUGAAGAAUCAUGCCUUUGAAGAAAUUCAUCGACUUCAGUUUAGUGUCGGUUCACUAAGAGUUUAGUCUGAUAGUUUCUGUUCAUUAAGGUUUAGUAGGACUCUCGUUUAUCUCUCUGUUCAUUAAGGUUUGGUAGGACUCUUGUUUAUAUGUUCAAAUUUUUUGAAGAAAUCGACUGACUUCAAUUUAGUGUCUGUUCAUUGAACGUUUAGCAUCUGUUUAGCAUGUAGAGAGUAGAUACUGUCCAUUAAUGUUUAGUAAGUAGACCCGGUUCAUUUAAGUUUAAUAACUCUUUAGUAUGUAGACUGUACUUUAUAUCCAUUAAUUUUAGUGUAUAUUUUCUGUUGAUUAAGUUUAGAAUAUUUCUUACUUAGCUCGUAGAGCAAAUUUACGUUUAUCCGAGGUCUCACUAUGAGACUAUAGCUGCUAAUAUAAUACUUCUUUUCAGUCUAUAUUUCCCACUAUACAGAGAUCUCUUCUCUGCAAACUCCAGUCUCGAUCUUUUUACUGUGGUCAGCAAUCGAAAAGAAACAUCUUUUAACACUGGGUAUCCUAAUAUACCUGAAAAGAAACCAUUGAUGAAUGAAUGCUCAUUAGUUUUUCAUCUACAACUAAACAAACCAACACAAGAGUUCCAAUGAAGAUAAUUAACAGCUACAGAUGCAACUAGUUAGUCUUGAAUGUGAUAGCAGGAAUUAGCUUUUAUAGAUCAGUAAGUUUGAUCUAAAUCUAAUUUUGUAAAAAGUCUUUAGAAUCUCAAGAUAUGACUGUGCCAGUAGAAAGGGGUUGCUGGUGGAGGGAGAGCUUAUGGGUUUAACGACUGUGGUCUUAAUGCGGAACCUUUUAAGCAAUCUACGGAGCCAACAGAGGUCCCAACUUCUAAUUUGGUUACAUCUGGUGUAUGUCAAAAUACAGUUAACGUCGGUUCACAAGAAACAACUCGACCUCGACCUCGACCUCUAGAGCCUGUAAGCGCUCUUCUGUGUGUGCUUUUAUGUUCUGGGAAAUGUUGCCUUGGACGCUUUAGAGAGAAUCAUAUAUAUUGUCAAGCAACAAACUUUAAUUCUGAUUAGCCAAACAUUUUAUCUGUUACCAAAAUGUGUCUGAAUACGCGUUGUUAGUAUAGCUGCCGAAGAAGUUGUAUAUAUUUCAGUGGAAUGAAUUGAGUUUUUAACGUGGUUUCAUAUCCGGGUGGCCACAUGAUAGAGUGUAGUUGGAUGCCAUCGAAUCCAGGUUUUAUAUAAUUUCCUUACUCCAAUAUAAUUCUUCUUUUUUGAACACCACUCCAAUAUAAUUCUUCUACAGAUAAACCUUUUGCUGUUGUGCAAUUAUGAUAUUUUUGCCAAAGGCCAACUUUGAUUUUCCACCUUAGAGCAUUCACAUUGGUAAGAGCAACUCUUAAUUUAUAUAAUACUCAUUAUGUUUCACAAUAUUUGAUGUUUUGGUUUAAGUAUACAAAGAUAAAAAAAAAGUUUACAUUUUUGUAAAUAUAAUUUUUAAAAGCAUUCAACCAAUUAUAAAAACACUAUAAAAUUUUAUUAGUUGAACAGUUUUCGAUAAAGUUAAAGUUAAUCUUAUAACUUCAAAAUAUUUUAUAUUUUGAAAUAAUUUAAACUUUCUAAAACAUUAUAUAAUUUGAAACGGAGGGAGUAUUAGAAUAGUAAAAAGCAUGAAAGAAAGUAUAGAAAAAGAAAACACAUGUUCUUAUCCAAUAGUGUUUCAUUUAUUUUUGAAAGACAAUGAUACAAUGUGUCAUUAUCUAAUUGGUGCUAUAUUUUUUUGACAUUAAAAUUUAAUUCCUUAAUAAGAAUCUCUACUAAUAAAAGGGAGCUUUUGAGGCUCCAUAGGGCGUCCACAUCAGCGGAAAAAAUUUCUCACAAAAUCUGACACGUGGCAUAAAAUAUAGUUUUACAUUUUAAUAUUACUUAUUUUCGAAAAUUGUAAA